CCUUAAUUAAAUCAUCUUCUUCAAUGGAAGAACUUCAAAUGCAAUUCAUGGCUCAAACCUCAGGUCUCGACAACAAGGGAAUGAGAAAGAAGGGGGCUUGUCUUUCUUCUGCUAAGGUUGAGAGGAAGAUCAUCGAGAAAAACAGGCGAAGCCACAUGAAGAAUUUGUACUCCGAGCUCUUUUCUCUUCUCCCCCGUCGUGAUUCCAAGGAGGUGUUGUCGAUUCCUGAUCAAAUAGAUGAAGCUGUGAACCACAUAAAGAGCUUGGAGACGAGGUUGAAUGAGUACAAGGAGAAAAAGAAAGACCUAAUGGGAAGAAAGAGAUCUUAUACAAGUAGUACUGCAACUGAAAGCAGUAUGAGCUUGAAAUCUCCCGAGCUCAAGAUUAACGAACAUGGCUCCGCCAUGGAGGUUGUUUUGACGACCGGGACAGACAGCCAGUUCAUGUUUUAUGACAUAAUUUGCAUACUAAAUCAACAUGGAGCUGAUGUACUAAAUGCCAGCUUCUCCGCCGUUGGGAAUACAGUUCUCCAUGUUGUUCAUGCUGAAAUUGGAGCAUUUGUUUCAGCAGAAGUAAUAAAGAAUAAGCUGAACAAAUUAAUGCAUGGACCCGGCUACGAAGACGAUCAGCUGCAACAAGAGUUAUGGAGCUUCGAAAUCCAUCCCGAAAUGUGGGAUUUCAACUAAAUCUAUCCUGAAACUUGGGAUUUCCCGAUCAUGUGAUAAUCGUAAUUAACAAAAGGGAUGUUGCAGUGACUUAGACAGCAAGGAAGAGUAGA